AUGUCUUCCGGCCGGCCUGUUCCAGAAGCAGGUUCAAAUAGUCUACCUGGAAAACCAGGUGAAGGUGAGGGAUGCUCGGAUGACCUUCGUCGAUUACGCACAGGAAAGCGAGGCAGACCCCCAAUUGACCCUACGCAAGAAGGCCUAGUAGAGAGGCGCCGGAAGCAAGUUCGGAAAGCACAACGGACUUACAGGUCUCGAAAAGAGGAAGAAGAUGAUUUGCGUACGAACUACGUGCAGGUUCUUGAAAACCGAAUCCAGCAUAUGAAACAGUCUUUCUUUGAAAUGCUAUCCCACGUCACAGAGGCAGAAAGUGGUCUGACACAGCCGGAUCUCACGCGCGAGCUCCAGAGUAUUACGCGCGACUUUUUAUCUGCUUCUCAGAUUGUCGAGCCCUUCAACGAGUCAAGACGUGACAAUGGACAUCCUCCCUACCACAACAACUCAAGUGGUGAUCCUAACCCGUCUGGACCAGUCUGUUUUUCCAAUAUCUACACCUCUUGCACGACAGACUUGCCGCUACCAGCCGCUGUACCUCUGGAAACGCCAAUGCCUAUUCAUACGCUCCCUUUAGGGCUUCCAUCUACUAGAUACGGAAUGGAAAUCCCGCUGCCGAGAAAUUUCGCCCAGCGGCUCUAUUUCAGCUGCAUCAAGCGGGCUUACGGCCUGCUCACCAACCCAUGCGCGGACGGGACCGAAGUCGCGCGCGUUUUCCAGUACUCAUUCCAUUACUCGGACGCCAACACGAUGAUUUCGACCUUCGACAUCUUGCUACGGACGAAUGCCGAUUACCGGACGGCAUAUGUCUAUGGACUGGGUGGCGCCGGAACCCAUUACAAAAAUCGGCCGGCGGACUUUGGCAUUGUCCAGAAUGUCUUGUUAGGACCACAGACGCCGUCCAAGAGCAAUGAUGAAACAUGGUUCGAUCCUCGGGAUAUCGAGGGCUGGCUUGAAGAGAAUGGACUUGUUAUUGGAGGGGCACAGUCAUUCCUGUAUUUGUCGGAAGUCAGUUCGUUUGAAUCGUCCAGGGACAUGACGUUAUGUCCAGAGGUUGAGCCCUCUCUGGUUUCACAGCGGCGGAGUGCCAAGAUCCUCAACGUGGACCUAUUUCUCAAUGAACUCCUCUCGAGGGGUGUAUGUUUAGGCUGUGCACCGGGAUUCCGUCGCUUGGACGUUGAAGCGGCAUUCAGCCUCGCGAUAUCCGAUGAUCCGACUUUCAACCGUCAGCCAUAA